ACCAUCAUUCACACCUUUUUGUUCCUACUUAAGACAUCUUCGCUUGCAAAGUUCUACAGGAGACACCAUGGUGGUUACUAUCGUGCUCAAUCUACGCAAGGAACUGCUUCAACAAGGUGAGGUUACCCAAGAAAGAGUCUUUACUGUUAAUUUAACAAGUCUUAACGCCCAAGAAACUCGUAACAGUGAUCAAGGUUUGCCAGCACCUACUUCUCAACCUGAAGAUCUACAAGUGAAUCCACGAAGUGAAGGAAAUUCGACAGGAGUGAGGUCUAGAAAGCGACAGAGAAGUAGAUCUCGGAGUCAUUCUAGAGGAAGAUCUCGCGGUCGUUCCAGGGGAAGAUCUCGUGGACAUUCCAGGGGAAGAUCUCGUGGACAUUCUAGAGGAAGAUCUCGUGGUCAUUCUAGAGGAAGAUCUCGUGGGCAUUCUAGAGGAAGAUCUCGUGGGCAUUCUAGAGGGAAAUCUCGUGGUCAUUCUAGAGGAAGAUCUCGUGGGCAUUCUAGAGGAGCAUCAAGAGGACAUUCCAAAGAAAGAACUUGUGAACAUAGUAGAGGGAAGGAUAUGGAUGGCGCUACACGUCCAAUACUUCGAAUUUGGGAGCUCAAGACAUGAAGUUAAACUGGACGAUUUAAAGGAUAAUAUAGAUGAAGCCUAUUACAAAUCGUGGCUAUUGAAAUCGUCGAGAAGAUGGCUCCAGAAGGAUGAGAUGCCCUACCCUGGGUAUUGCAGAGCGCCUGGAAGCGCGAAAUGUUCCCCAGUAUUGUGCAACUGUGACAAAUUGACUGAGAUUUGGAGGAAAUUAAAGGAAAACAACCUUGCCUAUUUUUAAACUAUUGUAAUUGUACUAUUAAAGUGUAAAGUUAUAAUAAAU